AUGGACCGCGACCUCUUGGGAAGGCCACCGACCAGGCGCCGGCGUAUCGACUGGCUGGCGAAGGUGGCAAAGGGGCAGACUACCUGCCAGUCCCAUGGCAGUGCAAGCUCGGCGUGUCUGGAUAGGAGAGACCUGUCAUUGCCAGUUCGGAACGAGGACCUAACCCAUCUCGCGGCCUCGCAGGCACGUCUGCCGCUUCCUUCGCCCAAAGUGGCGCUUGCAAGCUGCACACGCGGGUGCUGCCCAGCGCGGCUUCGGGAGUGGCUCUUCUGGCACUUGGCCAAGGGCAUCCGGCUGUUUCUGCUGCGCUGGGAAGGGGCCAUGACUCCAGAGCAGGAAGAGGUCAUCCGAGAUCUGCGGGAUCGUGGCCGCCUGAUCCUUCUUGAGUCCUCGUUGCAGGGGAAGACAUCCAGCAGCUUCCAACGCGUCAUGACGCGUCAGAUCAAGUUUGUGCACCACGCAAUUCGGGCAGCUCGGGCAAGGAGAUGCGACUUCCUCCUGCAUCUGGAUGAUGAUGAGCUGCUCUUCUCAGAGACCGACAGCAUCCCCGCGCUUUUGCGACGCUUCCUGGGCAGCAGCAAGAGGUGUGUGCACUUUGAGAACCUUGAGGCUGUCUUCCCUUUCGAAAUGCAGACGGAUCGACCUUUCUCGCGCCAACGCACGCGCUUCAGGAAGAACUUCCAGGUUCUCUACUGCAAUGGGAAGAGUGCGGCCAACCUGACCGCGGGCGAGGUGUAUGCAAGUGGAGUCCACCACUUCUGCCGGCACGAUCGUUCAUUUGAGGAGGCAGACCCAAAGUUUGGUUUGCACGACGAGACUGCUGGUUGCUCCCAUCCUGCUUGCUGCAUUCAGGAGCGGAGCGCCUUUGUGCUACACUUCGACAGCCCCAGUUUCGUUGAGUGGCGGGACAAGUUCGCCCUGCGCGCGCAGGCUUCAAUGUCACAGUUGGACGAGGAGGAGUUGCAGCAAUUCCCCUUCAAGAGAGCUUCAGUCGAAGCGUUCACAAAGGUGAAGAAGGUGCCAAGGCAGAAGCAGAUCUACCGCCACUGGCGAUGUUUGCCUGGACGGAAGGAGGAGGAGUUUCAUCCCAGGAUUACUGGGAGCAGCCUGGAGGCUGCGUUCCAACGCCUUCUCUCCCAGGUACGCGUGGAGUUUGCCUGA